UAUAUAUAUAUGAAGAACUGUUUAAUGGUUGUGUAUGGUUAUGUGGAGACAUAAAAAACUAUAUCUUUCAUAAAACAAAAUGAAACUAAUUUUUUUUUUGUUUGCUUUAAGUAUGAGAAAAAUUGAGUAUAGAAAAAGUACUGAGAGUAAAAAAAGGUGGUUACUAGCAACUCACUCGUUUUGAACUGUACUUUCAACAAAAAUAAUAAAAAAUACAGAAGUCGCACCCCAAACAAAACUGUAAAAGUUCACUUAUAUAUAUAUAUGUACAUACAACACACACACACACACACAUAUAUAUGUAACACACAAACACACAUAUAUAUAUAUAUAUAUACACACAUGUUUGCAUAUGAAGAUGUUGCAAGAUAUCAGUGCCAACUGUGAUUAGUUAACUAGUGUACAAAGUACAAGCAACAUAUGUAUGUGUGUGGUGUGUGUGUGUGUAUACAUACGUACACGGAAUUAACACGCAUAUAAGUAAGUGCAACAUAUAGAAAUACAUAAUUUUACACACAGGCCUAUAUAAUGCCAAAUACAUAUAUAUAUGUUAUUUUAGUUUAACGUUUAAUUAAGAAUGUCAGUGUGCAGUAUUCCCUGACGUUAUACUGCCGGUACAUCCACGGAGUUUCUGAAAAUCUACACGUGAAAUCUUCUAUUGGAAACAUCAGUUAAUGAACAUUCGUCGAUAUCAAGAAACCAUUGGAAACGGAAUAUACCUCAGAAUAUCCUGCUAAGCAAUCUUGUUUGCCGGUGAGUUUCCACGUAUCCAACACUUCUGUUCUUUUUAAUCCGUCUAGAAAUAUCUCCUGAAGAUUGCUUAUGAAGAUGUAAUGAAAAGAUUCUGAAAUCAAUAACUCUCCAGCGAAAGAAUUAUUUUUAAAAUAUUAAAAAUCUACGAAUAUACAUUAUUCAGUGAUGGCAGUUUGGGGGCAUCUCACAUCUACUGAAAGCUACUAAGUGUAUAGCCAUACUCCCUCUAAGCUAUACAAACUCACCAAAAAAGAAGUAAGAAAAAUAUUGAUUUGCAAAAGCAAAGCAAAAUCAUGUACAGAUACGGAUUGAAACACAUUUCCUUAGUGCCCCUAAUGUGCACUUAUAUUUUACUUAUUUUGAUAAUUGGAACAACAUUUUCUCUGGCUUUUGAAAAUUCUGUGACCGAAGCAUCAGUCAGAAACACAACGGUAGAGGGCUAUUACACAUAUCAAUAUUUAGACCUGAAUGCAACAGACGAUGAUAUAAAUGAGUAUGGAACAUCUGAUGGAGGAAAAAAUGAAGGGAAUGAUGUUGCUGGCUCUGUCGAUGACGAUGACGAUAUUGUUUCUAAAUUUCUCAGUCUUGUCGAAGAAUAUAAGAAGAAUAAGAAAAACUGCACGAAAGGUACAUCAUAUAAUCUUGGUGCGGGUGUAGUACGUCAGUAUGGUUUAAACAGGUUCAAAAAGCAAGCAGAUGUAGCCUUAAGCAGAGCUAACCUCCUUACAAGACUUUGGAAGAAUGACCCAUCAGGUUUGAUGGAUUCAGAGUUCCUUCUAUAUUCCAGUGUAAGAAAUAUGGUCGAAGGUGACCCUGAUAUGUUUGCAGCUGGAAAUUGUUAUAACGUCAAUGAAUACAAGGAUUAUUACUUAUUCUGUCCUUACGCUUAUAUCAUGCCUGAUGGACGUAUCAACGUGAAAGAUUUGUCAGUUGAAUACGAUUACUAUACAAACGAUUGGUUUUACAACUGCAGAGUAAGUGCUAAUAAACGAAUACAAACAGCAAAUUACACAGUUGAUGUUUGGCAGAAACGCUAUAAUGACACCUAUCAAGGAGAAUUCUUAAACGAUUCCAUCAUAUUGGUCCGUUAUGAAGAUGGCUAUUGGAGCAAACCAUAUUUCGACUGCGGCGGAGGAUACAUUUGGAUGAUGACUUAUAUUACACCGUUUUUCGGGUUUAAAAAUGAUAGCUUUUAUUUCAAAGGCACAAGUGGCAUUGAUAUAGAUUUGGAAAAAGUAGACAUCAACCAAUGUCCUCAGACAGAUGGUUCUAAAGAAACAAAUGUUUUUGCCGGUUCUCAUCGAUGUCGAAUGGAAACUACCAAGUGUAUUCCCAUCAGAGGACUCGGUUUUCGAAGAGGUUCCUACCGAUGUGUUUGCAAAGAUUCUUUCUACUUUCCCAAUGUUACAGCGGAACAUAGAUAUUUCUUCGGUACAGAUGUAGAACACGAAUACGAAAAGGCAAAGAGAAAAGAACCAAACAGUUAUUAUAAUAGUUUCGCUUGCCUUCCUUGUGCACCAGGCUGCGAGACAUGUGUUGAUGGAAGUCCAUGCAUUUUAGCACUUAACUGGGUUCUGAGAAGCAUUGUUCUAGGAAUUGCAGGAUUAAUCAUGUGCUGUAUUCCGAUAUUAAUCUGGUUCACAGUGCAAUAUCGAGAGGUCAAGGUUCUUAAGGCCUCCAGUCCGUUGUUGAUGCGGAUUAUUCUUCUGGGAGCAUUUUUCUUAUAUUGUCCCCAAAUUGUGGGCUACUUUGAAGCGUCGGUAAUCACUUGUUGUCUGCGUUUCUGGUUACGAGAAAUAGGAUUUUCGAUAUCAUACGGAGCUCUCCUGUUAAAAACAUGGCGGAUAUCUGUUGUGUUUCGAGUCCGUUCAGCUCAAAGAAUAAAGAUAUCAGACGCAGAUUUAAUAAAAAGGCUGGUUAUCAUAGUUUUGAUAUUCGCAGCUUUUCUUUCUGGACGAACAAUAGCUGGACGUCCGAGAGUUGUAAAAGGUAAACACACUAGUGGAUUGCAAGCGUUCCAAUGUUCGUCUGAUUGGUGGGACCAUUCGGCUGCCAUAGCCGAGCUUCUCUUCCUCCUCUGGGGAGUACGAUUAUGUAUUGUUGUACGAAAAGCACCGUCUGAAUUCAACGAAAGUCGGUUUAUAAGUUGGGCCAUAUACAACGAAACUUUACUUUCAUUAUUUUUAAAUGUUUCCAUGAUAUUUUUCCAGGAUCCAUUCCCAUCUAAUCCUGAUCUACUUUAUCUUGUCGUCUUCAUACAUUCACAACUUACAACAACAGUGACACUGGCUUUUCUCUUUGGAAGCAAGGCAUACCACGUAUACAAGACUCGAGGGAAAGAACAACAGCAACAGCAGUCGCAUUCGACAAUGUUAGCACGAACUGGCAAAUUCGUACCAGGCUCCAAGUCAACAACAGCAGUGUUAAGUACAUUUACCUCAAGUGGCAAUCCUUCUGCCAUUGGAGACAAAACAGAGGAAGGAGAAAAUGAAAGUUUCCUUGAGAAAGAUAUACAGGAAGAAUUCCGCCGCCUAUACACUCAACUGGAAUUACUUAAACAGCGAAACAUGAAGUUAGGCAAUCCUCACUUACAGCAUAAACUGUCGGCAAUGACGGAAGCGGCAAAAAAAGAUGAUUUGCCAGAGUCGACUCCGUCAUCACCGAACAUUAACGGGAAACGUGUGGUAAUCAACUUGGACGACUAUCACGAGGCUACAAGCUUAUAAGAAGCAUAGCAAGAUGAAACAACAUCCUUCGAUAAAAAUAAGAAUGUGUUGCAAACGACUGAAAGACAGAAAGCAAUAUAUAUAUAAUGCAAGUGGAAUAUGUAACCAAAAUCCCCAAAACUGCUCAAAGUAUUUUAACUUCGAACUCAACAAUGCGCAAGUUUGAAGGAAAGUGCAUCACUUACACUCAGAUACGUAUGUAUGUAUGUAUGUAUGUAUGUAUGUAUGUAUGUAUGUAUGUAUGUAUGUAUGUAUGUAUGUAUGCAUGUACACACACACACUGAUCCAUACAUACAUAUGUGUGUGUGUGUGUGUGUGUGUGUGUAUUUUGGUACGAAAGUCUACACAAACAAGAAAAAGGGACAAGAAAAAAAACUAAAUACGAAAUACAGGGUUACAUUUUAUUUAUUGAAUGCUAAAAACUUCCCUAAUAGAUUCACAUUUACAAAAGAAAUGUAGAACAGACAGGGAAGAUUUCAGUUUAUAGCAUAUGCAUACACAUAUACAUACAUACAUACGCACACAUAUAUAGAUAUACAUGCAUGCAUAUAUACUUACAUACAUACAUAUAUAUGUGUAUGUGUGCGUGUGUGCGUGUGUACGCGCUCGUGUGUGUGUGUGUGUGUAUGAGUGUGUGUGUACUGGGAAGCCUUUACAUGCAGGAUAUUACGUAUAAAGACUUACAGAGAAACGCCUGCAGAAGAACAUCAGUCUGGAUAUAAAUUUUGAAAUAUAUUCGGAAAAAAUACAAGGACAAACAAAUAAAUAAAUAAGAAUGGUGAGAGGUUAAUCAGUCUAACCAUCAUUCUAAAUUUGCUUAGCAAAUACUUCCAAUCUUUCCUCGGAGGAAUUCAUUAGCUGUUUAUUGUAUCUUUCUUUUUUUUUUUGUUAUUAAUGUUUUCAUUAUUUUCAAAAAAGUUUGUGUUGAAAUAAGUUUUUAGUUUUUAUGUUUUUCCUUUGAACAAACAUUUUUUUUUCCGCUUUGUAUAACUUCUGUUAUUAUUGUUAAGAGAAUAGCUAUUGUUGUCGUUGUUGAUACUGUUGUUGUUGUUGUUGCUGUUGUUGUUGUUCUUCCUGAUGGGGGGAAGUUCCUAAUAUUUGUUUACUUUAUCACACAAAAAUAACACUCCUGUCUGUUGCAAUAGCAAGAAAUAUUAAAUGAAUGAAUAAAUAAAUAUAUUGAUAUCGGAAACGAUAUGUAAGUAAUAUUGUCA